AUGAAUUUAUUGUUCCUCAUCCUGAUGAUGGAUAGCGGCGGCAAGUUCAUUACGGCUGAGUGCUGCACGACGUUUCAUUCUCCAAUAUUGAAGACGUGUCCAGAGUUCUCGAAGAGCGAUGUAGAUCAUUGCGAUAUUCUUGACACCGAAAAGAGAUGGAUCGUAUUUCUUUCCAUGUUGUUGAACUUCGAGAACAAUGUACAAAUAGAUACGGAGUCCCAAGAAUGGUCCAUUGACAAGAAGAACGUAGAGGAAAGCCCAAAGUUUCUCACUGACGAGCAGGAAACGUGGAACUUUGGCGUAGCGAAGUUUGGCGAGAGCGAAUGUUGGCAUGAAGAAGUUGAUGCAGGCCACAACGAGGAUAGUCCAUUCCAGCCAUAA